AUGUUUGAGAUGGAAGGUUUAGGUAUUUCAAGAAAGGAAGAAGUUGAUGACGAAAAUAUACAUUCUUAUCAACUACUUCGAUAUAACGGCAAAACCGUUAGUGCACCAUUCCCUCUGGAAGCAAACGUGAUAGAUUUAGCGAACAAUUACAAUAUGGCCUUUCGUCGCUUAGUCGCUCAGGCGAAACAUCUGGCACAGUUUCUCGAAAAGAGAGCGUGGUACGUGCAAACAAUUGAACAGUAUCUCGCGGACAACGUAAUCGAGAAAGUAACCGAACCUCCUACCUGCAGAAAUGUGACACACCACUCGCAAACGAAAUCCUAUCGCUACUUUACGGGGACAAUGUUCUACGAGGCAUUGUUUUCUGCAAUAGGCAUGAACUUGCGAGCAUUCGUAAGCAACUGUCCAGAGGUCAAUGAUCAGGUGAAAAAGGAAGACAGAGCACCAUAUGAGCAGAUGAAGCUCCUCAGAGUGGACUAUGACCCCAUAACGGACACAUAUUCCACAUACCCAGCCUAA